UCGCCGCUUCAGCGGAGCCGGAGAUGGGCAGAGAGCGCGCGCCGCGCCGCAGCUCCGGACCCUCCGCUCUCCCCGCCCUCCGCUCCCUGGGCCCCCGCCGCCGCCGCGGUCGCCGCCUGGGUGUCCCCCGACUGCGGUGCCGCUCCUAGGACGGCGCCCCGCCGCUCCCGGCCCUGCCUGCCGCCUGCGCCGCGCAGCCCUCGCGCGCGCCCCGGGUGGCGCUUUCCCUCCGGACCGAUUUAGAAUGUGAUAACUCAAGCAUUUGAUAACAGAGUGGAAUAGUUUAACAACUAUCUAUGUGCUUCCCAUGAUAUGUGCUCUGUAUUAAAAAAUUAUGACAUCAACAUCCAAAGGAAUCCUCCGGCCAUUUUUAAUUGUCUGCGUUAUUCUAGGCUGCUUCAUGGCGUGUCUGCUUAUUUACAUCAAGCCCACCAGCAGCUGGAUCCUCAGUCCAAUGGAAUCUGCCAGCUCAGUGCUGAAAAUGAAAAAUUUCUUCUCCUCCAAAACCGAUUACUUUAAUGAAACUACUAUUUUGGUGUGGGUGUGGCCAUUUGGGCAAACCUUUGACCUCACAUCCUGCCAAGCCAUGUUCAACAUCCAAGGAUGUCACCUCACAACAGACCGGACACUGUACAACAAAUCACAUGCAGUCUUGAUACACCACCGAGACAUCAGUUGGGAUCUGACUAAUUUACCUCAGCAAGCUAGGCCUCCCUUCCAGAAAUGGAUUUGGAUGAAUCUGGAAUCACCGACUCACACCCCCCAAAAGAGUGGCAUUGAGCAUCUGUUCAACCUGACUCUAACCUACCGCCGAGACUCGGAUAUCCAAGUGCCUUAUGGCUUCUUGACAGUAAGCACAAACCCAUUCGUAUUUGAGGUGCCCAGCAAAGAGAAGUUGGUGUGUUGGGUUGUGAGUAACUGGAACCCUGAGCACGCCAGGGUCAAGUAUUACAAUGAGCUGAGCAAAAGUAUUGAAAUCCACACCUAUGGUCAAGCGUUUGGAGAAUAUGUGAAUGAUAAGAACUUGAUUCCUACCAUAUCUACUUGUAAAUUCUAUCUCUCUUUUGAAAACUCAAUCCACAAAGAUUACAUAACAGAAAAGCUCUAUAAUGCUUUCUUGGCUGGAUCUGUACCUGUUGUUCUGGGACCAUCCAGGGAAAACUAUGAGAAUUAUAUUCCAGCAGAUUCAUUCAUACAUGUGGAAGAUUAUAACUCUCCCAGUGAGCUAGCAAAGUACUUAAAGGAAGUCGACAAAAACAAUAAGUUAUAUCUUAGCUACUUUAACUGGAGGAAGGAUUUUACUGUAAAUCUUCCACGAUUUUGGGAAUCACAUGCAUGCUUGGCUUGUGAUCAUGUAAAAAGGCAUCAAGAAUAUAAGUCUGUUGGUAAUUUAGAGAAGUGGUUUUGGAAUUAACUUUUUCCAUCAUUUGAACAUUUAGCAAAAUAUUUUGAUGAGAUAUCAUCCAAAUAUUGAGGUUGAGAAGAGAAACAAUACUCUGAUUUUGUGUCACAGUUUAUUUUUAUCACCCUCUCAUGGGUAAUGUGUAUAUUUUGAUGGAGAUGGAGGUUUUUAAGAGCUCACAUUACCAAUCCUUCCAUUUGGUUUUAAAUUAUCCUGUAUAUACCCAAUUAUGUGCGCUGAAAAAUAAUUUAUUCUUCAUUAUCAUUUAUAAACAUCCUUGUUCACAUUUGUGUAGCUGUCUGUAAGUUGAUUCUACUGUUCUUUCUACACUGAUCAGCUUCUCAAUUUAUUUGGGAAAUGAAGAUGCACAACUCACAUUUUAAAGUAUGAAAGAUUUUUACUAAAUAUUACAAUCUAUAAUUCCAACUUUGCAUAGUGUUAACAAAGGAAAAAAUGUACCAUAAUUGCAUUCUGACCUAUUUGACUUCAGAACUGAGCAGUGUAUAACUAUUUUAUCUAUUUUGUACCUGUUUACCACAUUGGUGAAGGUAGAAUGAUUUGUGCAGUGGGAAGAUGUGAAGCAUAACUUCUAUUCAGGAAGUUAUUAUGUUUCACAUUUAUUUUCAUUAAGCUACCUUGCAAAAGCAACCAAUUAUUCAUAUGGUCUUAAAGUAUUCAAGAAUUCCUACAUAUCUAAUUUGUUGUGAUUUUCAGUACCUGGGAAAUAAUGCUAAUAACCCUUAAAAGAAUGUAGGAUAGUUCUCAAUCUUAAUAAUAUUCAUUGUAAUAAUAAAUGAUUUCCUCAAAUACCAAUGAAAGGGAUACCUAUAGGUACAAGUUGUAUUUAUAAAUGGUACUAUUUAUUUAUAAAUCCUAAUUACUUAUCAAUUUAAAAUAUUUUGGGGCCCUAGUAUUUUAAGCAGUUUUAUUUUGCCAUAUAGACUAAUAAAUACACAUGACACUCAAAAAAUCCAUCCUAUCAUUUAAAAGUAAACGAAUAAAAUUGUCAUUGAUAUGUUGUUUUUUGCUUUUUUUUUCAUACCAGGAAUCAAAUUCAAAACCUCAUGCUUUCCAGGAAGGCGCUUGGGCCACUGAGCUAUAUCCCCAGCCCAGUAUGAUCUAUAGGAAACACACAAUGCUAGGAUUUAAUGAAUAAUUUUUGAAUGAAUAAAUAAAUGGCGCUGAAAAUCAUGAUAAAUUUUUGGUUUGUCUCAAUGAAGUGACAGCUGUAGCCAGGAGAUACCAAUUGGAGAUGAUGUUUUUUUAUUACAUUUUAGUUAUUAUCCAUACAUAACACAUAUAACUUGGGUCUUCAGAGCUUUGCAGAACCAACGUAACCUAGCAUAGCAUGACAUUUUUGGAGAAUUUUCAUCUACCUACAGAAUUUCUCCUCCAUAGGUUAAAGAAAGGGAAAUCUGGAUAUAAGAAAAAAAAUCGUAAGAAAAACCAGGUGAUGAAGAUUUUUUAAGGAAAGCAUUUUCCAAAAGAAUUACUAAUGCCUUUAUUCCACUUUUGCCAAAAACCAUCAAAUUUAUUAGCCUGUUCUGAUUGCAUCAACUUGGCUCUAGUUUGUGCUUAUUUUAAUAAUCCUAUUAUAUAUUGACAUCAGUUUAACUGAGACACAAUCUUCUACACUUGAUCAAAUGUAGAGAGAUAAAUUUCAGUUCAGUAGGAAGGAAGUAUCUCUAACAAUCAAGACUGAGUUGUGGGAGAAUAAGUUUUCCUAGCACUGGAAGGAUUUGAACAAAAGAAAAUUCCUGAACUGAAUAGAGGAUUGUUUGAUCCUCACGUUCAUUUCCUUGGCAUAAUUACAAGAAGGCUGUGUCCGUCAGUUCCCUAACAAAGAUGAAGAAUGAAAGGUGCUAUCACUGCCUUAAAGGAGUUUACAAGCAGUAGAAAGACAUAGGAAAGUUUCCCUUCAGCCUAAAUCUGUGUUUAUGUACAUAUUACCUGCCAUAGAGUUACUGUUCAUUUAAUGAAGUAAAAGGUAGCAAAUUUCCCCAAUUGUUCAGCUCCUUGACAUGCUUCUGAGCUGCAAACUUCAUCUACUCUUUUGAUCCAACAUAGAUUAGCUCUGUAUUGCCUCUUCUACCCACACUUCAUUUCCUUUGUCCAUCAAGGAAUAAAAUGUCUUCAUGGAUGACCUCAUAGAUGAAUAAAGAUCUCACUCACAUUUACUUUAUUGUCAUAGUAGUCAAACUCAUAAUUUAUGUUUAUUUGUCAUUUUUAAUCAAAAAGUUAGGAUCUAAAUAAUAUGCAUUGCUAACAAAUUAAGAAGGUACUUCCUUUCUCUGAAAGCUGAAAAGUAUUUUGCUCUACUUUUACUGAAGUGAACAAUGAUUAUUUCAAAUUACUGAAAGCCAUGAGGAUUACCUCUAUUAUUGACUAUUAAUUUGAGCUCUUUCUUGGAUUGCAAGUAUAAUUAUAUGCUGAUAAUAUGACCCAAGCCAAGUAUAUAAGGGCAUAACUGGUACAUCUCUGUGUUGAAACCCAUUACCCAUCCAAGAAUAAUAUACUUUCAAAUUGUAAAUACCAAACCAGUAUGUCAACUGAAUCAUUCAGUUCUAUCUCUAUUAAUCUUGAGUUUUAGGGCUAGAAGAAAUAUAUCAGGUUUAUAAAUCAAUUUUUUCUACUGAGUUAACAAGGUCCAGAGAUGACAUUUAUUUAAGACAUAUAUUCACACAUAUGCAUACAGACAUCUAAAUAUAGUUACAGUAGUUAAGAUCAGAAUGUAAGGCUCCUAUCUCUCCAUCAUUCCCAACUCAUAAAAGAAGUAUUUCUGAAUUUCUAUAAAUGUGAAUGUCUUAUUGGCAUUAUCUAGGAUCUUUAGAAUGGUACAUUCUGUAGAAGAACUUCAAAUUUGAAAAUAUUCAAUAAAUAAUCAAAUUUGUUAGCAUUCUUUUUGGUUUAAAGAUUUUAAGAGUUGAGUUUUAUUAGAAGAAAAUGAGUUUUCACUGUAUUUAAGUGAAAUAAAACCAUUAAGUAUAUGGUUCUCUACCAGUCCUUUAAUAAACCCUGGGGAUUACAAUGCUUUGUGAGGAUUUUUCAUAAGAAAGUCAUAUUAAUUCAAUAAAACUGGCUUGCUAUUGAUUAUAAAAAAAGAAUAAUUUUGCCUGUGAAUAAAUUGUGGAAAUAAAAAGAAAAUAGACCACUUAAAAUAUUUUA